GCUAGAACUGCUUCAGUUUCAUUUUCUAGCAACUACGGAUCCGUUAUUGUAAUUGUAAACUGUUUACUGCCAUUUAAUCUACAGUUUAGCGGAUUGAUCUGUACCACGGAGAACUUUAAUAGAUUUAUAAAUGGCUACGAAAUUUAGACCUGGUGAUGGUGAUUGGACAUGUCCUGACGAAAGCUGUGGGAACGUCAAUUUUGCACGGAGAAGUGCCUGCAACCGUUGUGGCAAAGCUAAAGAAGGUUUUGUUUAUUUAGAAUUCUUAUUUUGCAUGCUCAGUGUAAUAAAGUACUGUUUGAUUCUUACAGAUGAUAAAGCUAAGGCAAAAAAACUUGGCAUGGAAAUUGGGAAAGAUGCAGCCGAAAAAAGCAAAGGUCUUUUCAGCGCUGAUGAUUGGAUGUGUACUAAGUGUGGUAAUGUUAACUGGGCCAGAAGGUCAACUUGUAAUGUGUGCAAUGCCCCUAGAUUUGGAGAAGUGGAAGAACGAACAGGUUAUGGAGGUGGUUACAAUGAACGUGGAACUGUUGAAUAUAAGGAAAGACAAGAAUCUGACGACGAAUUUGAUGAAUUUGGACGAAUAAAGAAAAAGUUUCGAAAAAAUGAUGUAAAAAACUCACCGUUGAACGAACUACCUUCAACGUCACGUGAUCAACACGCCGUAGCGGACGAUGAAGAGGAGGAGGAAGAAGAUGAUGAUGACGAUGGAGAUCUAUCAAAAUACGAUCUUAGUGGUUGGGGUGAUGAUGACAAUGAAAAUCCGGAAGAAAAGAAGUCUUCACCCAUGAACGAUGUCCCGGCAAAAUCAGAAAAUGGUAGCAAAUCUACCGCAGCGCGUCAAUCAGAAAAGUCCAGGUCCCCUUGUCGAUCCAGAUCGUCUUCUCGUUCCGGUUCUAGGUCAAGCAGGAGCAGAAAGUCGGAUAAGCGCAGUGAUCGCCGUCGACGCCGUUCUAGAUCUACCAGUGACUACUCUCGCAGCCGUUCGCGGUCAAGGUUUGGUUUGCCACUGAUGGGCUUUCAUUUCUAGUUUUAGAAAUAAGUUUUGGGGAAUAUUGAGAAAACUUCUCUUCCAUAUUGGAUUCUGCUGUUAAUAGGUCUCGUUCCAGGAGCCGCAGACGUCGCUAAAUAAAUCUUCAAGUUCAAUUAGAAUAAGCUGAUUGAAUGUCGACCGAAUCGCUUGCAAACUAUUCGCUUUUCGCCCAUGAUUUAGUUAUUUAGUAUUCAUUUUUCACUUUACUGCAAUUUAUUUUCUCAUUGCAGAAAUAAACAACAUUUACUUCCAA